AUGAAAAUGUCUGUGAAUUCAUAUGGUAAACGUAAUUGGAGUAAUCAAGAUUAUUUAUUAACAAAUUAUACACAACAUUAUAAUGAUAAACAAAAGAAUCUAUCUUAUUGUUUAACAGAUCAUUUCAAUCAAUGUUCAACAAUACAUGAUACUACUACUUCUACUACUACUAAUAGUAGUAGUGAUAAUACUAUUGAGCAUAUACCAAUAUCAUCAUCCCCAUCAUCUUCGUCUUCAUUAUCACAAUAUCAACCUCCUAUAAAACGUGUUGCUAAUGAACGUGAACGUACACGUACAGCUAGUGUAAAUGAUGCAUUUCUUAUGUUACGUAAUUUAAUUCCAACAGAACCAAUGAAUAGAAAAUUAUCAAAAAUUGAAACAUUACGUUUAGCAUCAUCUUAUAUAUCUCAUUUACAUGCUAUAUUGAUCACUGGUUCACGACCAGCAGAUCAACCAUGUUUAAAACAUCAACAAAUUUAUCAUUUAGAAACUACUCAUAAUGAUAUUAGUAGUACUAAUACGACUACUACUACUACUCCUAAUCCUAUUCAUGAGAAUUUGAUCGAUAAAACUCAAAUCAUGUUUAAUUCUAAUAAACGUUAUAAUAAUAGAUCAGUAUGUACAUUUUGUGUUACUGAAAUGAAACAACAUCAACGUACUAUGAAUAAAGAGACAAUUAUAUCAAAUGGACAAUAAAAU